CUUCUUCUUCCUCAUCCGCUCGCUUAUUUUUCUUUAUUUUAAUAAUAAUAAAAAUCAUCGGUGUUUUAUAUAAUUUCUUCUGGUUGGUUGAUCCAUCCGUAGUAGAUCUACAAACUCAGAAAUUCCACGCCCACAUCUUGAAUCUUGAUUCUUUCUCUUCAUUCAUUCUCUUGCUCAACUAGAGAGUAGAUUCCCCAUCCAUCUUGCCAGUGUUCUUCAAGUCUUGUUUAAGCUUUUGGCAUUGGAGAUUUCAGAAAGCUGUGUGAUCUGUAUCUAAAAAAACUGACAAUUUCUAUGUUGUGGUGGGAGAUUCGGAUGAGAUGAGGGAUGCUAUCUGGGUUGAUGAAUUUUCUGAAUGCCUGUCUCUGGCCACGGUCAGAUCAGCAGGCACGUUCACCCUCAGACUCUGGCGGCCGCCAAGAGGGUUUGCUCUGGUAUAGAGACUCCGGUCAGCACGUCUUUGGCGACUUCUCCAUGGCCGUCGUUCAAGCCAACAGCUUGCUCGAGGACCAGAGCCAGCUCGAGUCUGGCUCUCUUAGCUCUCACGACUCUGGUCCCUAUGGCACCUUUGUUGGCGUCUACGACGGCCACGGUGGCCCUGAGACAUCUCGCUUCAUCAAUGAUCAUAUGUUCCACCACCUCAAGAGGUUUACUGCAGAGCAACAGUGUAUGUCGUCAGAGGUGAUAAAAAAGGCGUUCCAAGCGACUGAAGAAGGGUUCUUAUCCAUAGUUACAAAUCAAUUUCAAACUAGACCUCAGAUAGCCACUGUGGGGUCAUGCUGUCUUGUAAGUGUCAUCUGCGAUGGGAAGCUCUACGUGGCCAACGCAGGGGACUCACGGGCCGUUCUGGGACAAGUCAUGAGGGUAACCGGUGAAGCUCAUGCCACUCAGCUCUCAGCCGAGCACAACGCAUCUAUAGAGUCAGUGAGACGGGAACUUCAAGCCCUGCAUCCGGAUCAUCCGGAUAUUGUGGUUCUGAAACAUAACGUCUGGCGAGUAAAAGGCAUCAUUCAGGUUUCAAGAUCCAUUGGUGAUGUGUAUUUGAAACGGUCAGAGUUCAACAGGGAACCGCUGUAUGCAAAAUUCAGGCUGAGGUCACCGUUCAGCAAGCCAUUACUGAGUGCAGAGCCGGCGAUCACGGUGCAUACACUGGAGCCGCACGAUCAGUUCAUUAUAUGUGCUUCAGAUGGACUGUGGGAACAUAUGAGUAACCAAGAAGCAGUAGACAUCGUCCAGAAUCAUCCGCGAAACGGGAUUGCAAAGCGGCUGGUGAAAGUAGCGCUACAAGAAGCGGCAAAGAAGAGAGAGAUGAGAUACUCAGACCUGAAAAAGAUAGACAGAGGAGUGAGGAGACAUUUCCACGAUGACAUAACAGUGAUUGUUGUCUUCUUUGAUACAAACCUAGUGAGCAGAGGAAGCUUGUUGAGAGGAGCGGCGGUGUCAGUGAGAGGAGCGGGAGUGAAUCUACCUCACAACACCUUGGCGCCUUGCACCACGCCCACGCAAGCUGCGGCUGGCGGCUCCUGACAAUUGAAUUUUACGGUGUCCUUAAAUUCUUUCCAAGAUCUGUAACUAUAUAUAUAUAUUUGAUUAUCAUUAUUAUUAUUAUUAUCAUUGACUGGGAAAGGAUAUCAAGUGGUUAGUUUUGUUUGUUCCCUUUGGUAGCCGUGGACUGGAGAAAGAAAAUCAGAAAUGUCACAAGAAUUCUUCUUCUUC